AUGGUACUUCAAUCGAUCCAUAGCGGGAGGUCCAAUGCCCGUUCGAACAGGCAGGCUUCCAUGGAGCCAAGUGCGACACAAUUACAUGCUUUGAAGCAAAUAACCAAAAGCGAUCAUAAGUACAGUCUGGCAGACCUGGACAGAAUAAUAAUGCAUGACGGGGAGGACGGGAGUGAGCCAAACAUGAAGCAACAUAACAAGACAAGGGCUAGAAGGAGAAAGAUACAGGACGAACAGAGGAAUGACUCAGAUACGGCCAAACGAGAUACUUUAUACAAUGUACAGAAUAACUCAUCUGAACACAUAGAAGUGGGGUCCGGGUCAAAGCAGCCAAACCUUUUUGGAAAAAAUGAAGAGGGGCAAGAAGAUGUUCAUAGGAAGGAUAUGGAUGAUGAAAUGGAAAUUGAAUCUGUUUCAAAUUACUUAUCUGACCAACGAACGCACCCCAUCGAGAACAAAUAUAGUAGGUUGAGACUGAAUGAAACCGAUAAUAUAUCGAUGGAUCCGAAAAGACUACAAACUGCCUUUAUAUUGGACAGUAAUUUUAUCAUAUCGCAUUUACAAACUUUGGAGGGCCUAAAACAAUUGAGUGAACAAUACCAUCAUAUUAUAGUCAUUCCAAGGACUGUGAUCAAAGAACUAGAUGGCUUGAAGACGAGUAACAACGCGGAGAUUUCAAAACUUGCAAGAGCCGGCAAUGACUGGAUUUAUAAAAACCUGGCUAAUUUACAUUCGGGCAUAAUUGGACAAAAGCUGAAGCAAAGAAUCAAUCCGGCGGCUACCAAGGACGAUUCCAUUCUGGAUUGUUGCUUAUAUUUCAAAGAAAUAAUAGGAUGCUUCACCAUCCUAUUGUCAAACGACAAGAACCUCUGCUUGAAAGCACUCACAGAGGAGGUGCUGACGGUAUCAUACCGGAAAGGAAUGACCAGCGAACUAAUUGCUCAAAGGGCGUAUCAGGAGAAUAUGCUAAAAUUCGGUGAUGGUAGUGGUACAAAUAUUGAUAAUAUUGGCGGAUCAAAGGGAGAUCAAGUCCUUGAGAGGACUAAAGAAAAUCUUCUUGAUAACGUUCACGAAGAAGGGGCUGGGAUUUUCGAGCAAAUCGAAAAGCUAGCUGUUGCUGCUGUCAAUAAAUGUAUGAUAGAGAGCUAUGGCAAUGAUUUAGCUUUAAUCGGGUUUGACCCCAAUAACCUGUCAAGCUUGCACGAUUGCGUCACUUGCAUUUGUGAGUAUUGGAUUUCCGUAUUUUCUGGGUAUUUGAACAACAGUUCACUAAAUCACAUGGAUCAAUGGAAGGGCUUGCCCGAUGUCUUAUUACGACCACCUGAAACUUUGCAAGAUCUGGACAAUUUGAUUUCUUUCUGGAAAGAGGCUUUGGAGUAUAUUUUCUUGUGUAGUGAAGAGUUCGAGCACGAACAACUUCAACGGCUCUUUCACGAAUGGGAUCAGUUCAUAUGA